UAACUGCAGCUUCGCCAGGUACUGGGGGCGCGUCUGCAAAGUGGGAAGCGGUUUCAAUUUCAAACCCUAACAGACCGAGGGACGGGCCCCUGGAUUGUAGAAUAACGUAAACACCAAAACGUUAAAGCGUUUAGCCGUAACAAUUGUACGUUUCCUUUCAUAAACCAGUGCGUUGUCCUAAUCAAAGGCCGCGGUUUUUUUUUUUUAUCCCACUGGAUCCGCGAAAUAGCUCGUCCGUCGCCGCGUCUUUGCUCCCGUUUUCCGCGCCUGGUUCAUUUGAAUGAAAACCCGACUUGUUUGCAGCAGGUGUUGACCAACCCGGACACUGACCCACCCUAAACUAUUACUCUUUUUUUGGCGGACAUAGCAAGCAAUUUCUGCAAGAAACAUGCCGCGGUCCAACAGGCAAAAAGAAUACAAACCUGGAGAUCUUGUGUUUGCUAAAAUGAAGGGGUAUCCACACUGGCCUGCGAGGAUUGACGAAUUACCCGAAGGAGCUGUGAAGUCCCCCUCAAACAAGUACCAGGUGUUCUUCUUUGGGACACAUGAGACGGCGUUCCUGGGGGCCAAGGAUUUGUGCCCCUACGAUGAAAACAAAGAGAAGUUUGGUAAAGCAAACAAGAGGAAAGGCUUUGCUGAGGGACUCUGGGAGAUCGAGAACAACCCCACCGUCAAGCAUGAAGCCAACGAUUCAUCUAAGAAGGACAACGCUUCAGAAGGAGCAGGGGAUGCUGGGAGCACGGAGAAAGCAGACGCCGAGGGCAGCAGCGAUGAGGAUGAAGGGGCUCUGGUAAUCGAUGAGAAGAACGAGAGGGGAGGGAAUAAACGAAAAGCAGAGGAGUCCACAGAGGCUUCACCCAAGCGGCCGAAGGAUACUGAGGCAGACGGUGACACGAAAGUCGACGGCAGCAAGUCUAAAGCGGAGGCCAAGCUCAAUGAUGUGGCCGGACCCAAGGCAAAUGCCCCCUCCUCACAGAGCGAGUCGAAAGCAGAGGCCCAGGACAAGGCUCCCGCAGGAGAGAAGCUAACAGCAGACAAGCCUGUGACAGACAGCGCUUAACGUCAACUCUCAGAAGAAAAAAACCAAGAAACUUUGAUGCUUUUCCCAGGAAUUUAAGCAUCAACAUGAUUACCUGCAGGAUGCCAGAUGUCAACUGUUUAAUUGAAAGGAUAAUUAAAAAAAAAAAAAACUAAAAGUUUGUAUUCAGAGACAAACAAAUCUUCAUCUGCCAUUUUUGGGAUAUCAUAUAUCCCAGAAACAAAACGUUUGCUAAUCUGGUUCCAAACUAUUGAACUGAGCACUUGAAGGCUCAUUUAUAAAUGGGAUUUUGGUGUGUAUAUAUUUUUUAUUUCUAAGUGCAAUUACAUAAUUACAAAGACUGAAUGCUAGGUGUCAAAAAAAUAAUCAGUUCAGAGGGAAUACAAAACUGAAUAUAUAAAAACAUUUAAACCCAACAAAAAUGAAAAAUACUUAUAUCUGAUGGUUUUAAAACACAUUAUUGUACAGGAAUAAGAAAAAUGUUCCACCCAAGCUUUCAUGAAUUCAAUGUUUUACUUACAUCUAUCUCACCUAGCUUAUCAGCCUCUUCUUAAAUAAUAUAUUCAGUCAUUGGAUACAUGAUGAGUUGCACUUUGAAAAUUCGUGGUUUUUUUUCAGCUGCCCUAUUAAUCAUUGUCUAGUUCACUGUAUGAUGUUUUAAUGCAACACAGGUUUUGUUGCUUUAGUGUAGUGGAAUGCUUCAUUGCAGGUGACCAAAUUACAGGAUUAUUUUCUCCAGAUUGAAUAUUUAAAGCCCAUUUGAAAAGUGCUAUUGUAGGAUCAAAUCAGUCACUUUUCAAAGUGACUGAUUUCAAAAAAUGAGAUCAGUGCAUGCACUGCAUCGUCAAAAUUAAGAUGUUUCAAUGUUAAUUAUUGGAACCAGAAAGACAUUCCUGAAUGUUGUUGCUCAGUCUUUAAGUUUUGGAGUUCUUUUGCAGGUAGUAAAAGUUAUUUGUCGCAAUUUUUUCUGGAGAAAUUAUCUGGCAAACAUUUCAAAAUCCAUCAAGUCAACUGUCAAUUCCUCCCAGUUCUUAUUAAGCUCAUGUUAAUGCUGCCAUUGCUUCAUACUUGAAAUGUAACCAGGAAGAACACUUAGUUGCAUUCAUGAAUUGGUUGUACCAAAUAAGUUUUUGUUUUUUUAAUGUAUAGCUCACAUUGUUAAUGCCAUCAUAUGAUCUCCACAAAUUCAUGAGAAGAGUGUAGUGAACCAUCUGUAAAACUUAGUUUUUUCCAAACCUCUUAACUGGAAUAUGAGUCUGUUUUACUUCAAUGGUCUUAUUAUUUUGGCUGUAAAUCAAAGUUGUGAUGUACAAGGUGUGUUUUAUUUUAUCAUUUGUUUAGACGACUGUUUAGACAAUGUGUUACUUGGAUGUCAUUGUCAUCGCUUUAGUGUUCUUGCCUGUAUCUGGCAACAUGGAGUUACAGUUAAUCAAGUGAUGAACCUAAGGGAAUUUCAGCUUUUAAAAAUGAUCAUGAAACUGACUGCUUUGCCUAAAAA